AAACCGGCCUCGGCAGCUCGAAGCUUCCAUCUUGACCAGUUAUUAAUCACUCCAGUCUGAAGAUGAGGCGAAGAGGAUGGAAUCUAAAGCUGGACUCAGAACAAGCUCUCAGUUAAAAUUUUAUUUCACAAGAGUUUGUCUCUUCUUUUAUGCGAUUUUGGAGCUCUUCGUUGGGGUACUCUUCGUUUCCUUACCAGGAUUUCGUCAGUUUUGUCCCACUAACAAACCCCAGAUCCCGUCCCGGCCGAGAGCGGAGCAGGAGCUCAACGACAUGCCUAUUCAGGCUCGCCGAAGAUUGAUGUGAAGUCGUAAGCCCAUGUAAAUGUAGUAUAAAACGGAGCGGGAAUUUAUUUAAGGUAGUAACGUCUUGUGCCCAUCAAUGUGAAUGUCUCCCACCAUCGCCAACUGUGCACCAUGCCUCUCAGAGCCUUGCCAGCUACCGAAGCCGAUGCUCAUAGAGCUGUGGCCAUUGAGACUGUUGCCUAUGGCCCGAGUCCAGUAGGCACAGUGUUAUUUCCGGGAGGAGGAACUUCUGAGUCCUCAACAAGAGUCGCAGAUCUCAUUGCCUCUCUCCGGAAGGAUGCGGCCUGCCGAUGGGCUAAAGUCAUUGAUACUGAUAUAAAGGAAGAGGAAGACCAGAUGAUUGCAUUUGCUAUGUGGUAUAUCUGGGAGACUCCACCAACAGAGGAACAACAUUCCUUCCCAUCUUAUCGGGGACCGAGCUGUAAUGCGGAAGCAUGCGAACUCUUCUUUGGAGGCAAGAACAACAUGAGAGUGAAUUAUAUGAAAGGAAAGCCAUAUGUUUAUCUGAAACUCCUGCAUACAGACCCGAAGCACCAUAGACGUGGAGCAGCAUCUCUUCUGCUCGAUUCGGGACUUGGAGAAGCUGAUCGUCUGGGCAUUCCGGCAUGUCUAGAAUCUUCAGUACAAGGACGAAAGCUUUAUGAGAAAUUUGGCUUCGAGGAGGUUGAUAGCCACACGUCUGACUUUUCAAGCUGGGGAGGUCCAUCAGAUGUCACAGUUCCUCUGAUGAUUCGUCCUGUUGGAGGUCGACCAAUUAACAAAGAAAGUCAGUGAACAGCACGUCGUUUGGCAAAUGGAGUACAUAUCUAGACUAGACAUUUGGUGCAAUACAAUAUGCUAGGAUUAUGAGUUUGUAGCCUUGCCCAGUCAUUCGACAAUGUUGACCAGGUUUUUGAGCAGGCAUUUAUAUGCGGUCACCCUGCCUGUGAGAUUUUGAUGAGAACCCCAAAGAAUUCAAUCGUAUUGGAGGUUUCAUUGUGGUCAGUUAAUUGACCUGGCUGUGAGGAAGUCCGUCUCCAAUCCCACUUGGUCGCAAGAAAGGAGCCAUAGCAGAAGACUGCCACGAGCUUUCACGUUUGAGUGACCCUGCCAGGAUCAUAUCUAGUUCAUAAGAAUCACUUUUCAAUAAAUG